CUAGCAGCAUCAAUUCAGAGGUGACUCAGUGCCCCCCAUUCAGCUGCAACCAUGGUCUGUGUUGGAAUCAAUGGCUUUGGUCGUAUUGGCCGCCUGGUCUUGAGAGCUUGUCUUCAGAAAGGCAUCAGGGUUGUGGCAAUCAAUGACCCCUUCAUUGACUUACAGUACAUGAUCUACAUGUUUAAAUAUGAUUCCACUCACGGCCGUUACCAUGGUGAGGUCUGUCAAGCCGACGGCAAGCUAAUCGUUGACGGCAACGCCAUCAGUGUUUUCCAAUGUAUGAAGCCAGCAGAGAUUCCAUGGGGAGCUGCUGGAGCUGAGUAUGUAGUUGAAUCCACUGGAGUGUUCCUCAGUGUGGAGAAGGCCUCUGCUCACAUCCAGGGUGGAGCGAAGCGUGUAGUCGUUUCCGCCCCCUCGCCUGAUGCACCAAUGUUUGUCAUGGGUGUUAACGAGGACAAGUACGACCCCUCCUCCAUGACAAUCGUCAGUAACGCUUCCUGUACCACCAACUGCCUGGCACCUCUAGCCAAAGUCAUCCAUGACAACUUCGGUAUUGAAGAAGCUCUCAUGACUACUGUUCAUGCAUACACAGCUACUCAAAAGACAGUGGACGGUCCCUCUGCCAAAGCCUGGCGUGAUGGACGUGGUGCUCAUUCCAACAUCAUUCCAGCCUCUACUGGUGCUGCCAAGGCAGUGGGCAAGGUCAUCCCUGAACUCAACGGUAAGCUGACAGGUAUGGCCUUCAGGGUGCCCGUGGCCGACGUGUCAGUGGUAGACCUGACAUGCCGUCUAUCCCAACCUGCAAGCUACGCUGACAUCAAGGCAGCUGUGAAGAAGGCCGCACACGGACCCCUGAAGGGAAUACUGGGAUACACCGAGGACCAGGUGGUGUCCUCUGAUUUCAUUGGUGACACACACUCCUCCAUCUUUGAUGCUGGUGCUGGCAUUUCCCUCAAUGACAACUUUGUGAAGCUCAUUUCCUGGUAUGACAAUGAGUUUGGCUACAGUCACCGUGUUGCUGACCUGCUGUUGUACAUGCACUCCAGGGAGUAGACGCGUCCUGUCAGUUGGUGACAUCAGAAAAGGGACCAUCCCACCCACUCCUUCUCUUUCCAUCACAGGUUUCAGCCAUAGCAUCACAGCUCGUAGCUCUACUAAAACGUAGGCAGCAGCAACAAUGUGUGUGCGUGUUCUCAGUUUAUCCGUUAUGAACUUUAAUCCCGAGGCGAUGGAUUAGUGAAGGUAUUCGUGUCCGUGUGUCCUCCUCCCUCAUCGUCACUUUAGAUGUGUCGUUAUGGCUCAGUACUAUGGUAACUGCUGUAUCCAUCUCCCUGUUUUAUGUGUUAUAAAGGCUUAAUAGAGUGUAAGGGCAAAACUGAGAGUAACUCAUGUAAACCCAGUUAAGAAUAAAGACCAAUAAAAGUUCAAAACAAA